GGGACAGAGAGCACCCUGCUACACUUCCCUGUCGUGAGGUUGGCGUGCAGACGGUGGAGCUGAAGCAAGUUGGUCAUCAUGCAGGUGCUCCUCCAGUGCAGUAGGCUUGCCCUGGCUCUCGCCUUCAUCCUGAUUUUGGGUUCUUCAGUUCAAGGUUCUCCUGUGCGGAAAGCCAGAUACCAGUGGGUACGCUGCAAUCCUGACAGCAAUUCUGCAAACUGCAUUGAUGAAAAGGGACCAGAGUUCGAUCUACUUCCAGGUGAAUACAACAGAAUCCUACCUCCAAGGACUGACCCUUUUUCAAUGAUGAAAUCCAGGAACUUGAAUGAUGUCUUCCCUCUUUCUGAGGACUUUUCAGGAUCAGGCUCUGGAAGUGGCUCUGGAAGUGGCUUCCUACGUGAAAUCGAACAGGAAUACCAACCACUAGAAGAAAACGAUGCUUUUUAUUACAACUUUAGGUCUCUGGAGAGAAAUUUGCCCUCAGACAACCAGGACUUGGGUCAGAAUGGACCAGAAGAGGAUUUUACUAUAUAAAAGAGAGGGUUUCCCAGCUUGACACCAGGCAAUGUAUUUGUGUACCAUGGUUAAAUGAUUAAUUUGAGGACAAAAAGCUUUAUAGAAAAUUUAAAACAUCUGAAAAGGAAGUUUAAGUUUUAUUAUCUUUUUUUUCUCAUGAAUUCUUAAAGCCUCCUUUUUCUAUCCUAAUGUCCUGGAAAAUACCUGCAUUUGUUUUGUAUUGUAUUCAACAACAUCACUAUGAAGUUAACUAGACUCCACAUAUGUAUAAAAUUGCUUUAAAGAAUAAAUUAUACUGUUCUUAAAACAUUUAGUUUGAGAAACAAAUUGACAGGCAUUAUUUCAUAUCUAAAUCUUCAGGAAGCUGACUCUGAUUAUGAAAUCUAGAUAUGCCUCUUUUUUUGUGAAAAAACACAGAUGAAACAUACAGUGAAUUGGGUAUUUGACAUGUUUGGGUUUGACAUGUUUUACAGUGUGAAGUUAACUGCUUUAAUAGUACCACUGGAGGUGUUUGCAGAGCUAGUGGACAGCGUUUGCUUAGAAGUGUGAUUGCUGUCACAAUUAGAAACUUAACACCCAGAUUAAAGCACAAUUGUGCUCUCAAUACCUCAUACUGCUUUACUUUUUUUCCUGGAUAUCUACGUAUUUUCAAACAUUACUCUAUUAAAGCAGAAGUAUAAUCAAAGGGUCAA